AUCGGGCGAGGGAAAAGAGAGGAUUUUGCCUGUGUGCACCGAAUAUUUAACCAUACAGAACAUAAACAACUAGUGCAACGCAUGAAAAAAUGCUCAAGCUCGUCAGUCAGCAUUCAGCAAAUGAGUUGGAUGGUCACUGGUGACGCUACUGCAAGUACAACAACUUUACAAUUUUACAGUAAGUGCGUAUACAUCUCUAGACUGCAUUGGACAGACUGCAGAAAAUAAAAGCCCGACAUGAAAUAGCGGCUCAUAAACGUUGCCGAGCUUGUGAACCUCAAGUCAGGCUAUAUGAAGGUACAUUACAUACGUGUGUACACAAAUACACAUUAGGUAGUUAUAUAUAUUUUCUGCGCGCAUACACGCCUAAUGUAUGUUUUUGUCAGCGCACAAGAAACAAGUGCGCGUGUGCUAUAAGGCUAGUUCGAGACUUAUUCGACGACGUCCGACGACGACGCUCGCAACUCGCAGAACUGUGCGAGCCCGAGCCUGCGUUAUAUAUACAGAGUACAGACACGUAAUAGUUACAUCGAUUCACACACACAGCCGCAGGAGCAGCACCAACUUGGCAGUCGCACUUGUGCAUAUAUCUAUAGAUCGUGCAAAAGUCUGCAGUAUACUGGCCUACAGGGCAGCAGCAGCAGCAGCUACCGCAGAGGCCAGAGAGGAGUGGUGCGGGCUAGGUGAACUGCUCUAACGCGCGCGACGAGUACUAGCCUCCCUUACGUGUACGUGUGCAUAUAAUCGUUUCAUCCAUAUAUCUAUAUCUAUACAUGUAUAAAUUUAUAUAUAUGCAUGUAUAUGCGGAACAUCCACACAUGCACACUACUCUUCCACCCAAGUAAACGCCAUGCAGUGUUAACAGUGAACACCGAUUUCGGACUUGACUGCAAGACACUGAUAAAUCCUUAAAACCUUAUCGCGUAUAAAUCAUGUGCAAUUUUACAGCAUAAGUUCAUAGAAUGCUACAAAUGCGUCAGUUGUGCAUCUGCAGUAUUCCAUAGGAUAUACGUUGAGCAGUACGCGGCGAAACUUUUUCGAGCGAAAACAACGAGAGCCAGCCCCUAGUUCGAGUACAUCGCACUCGUAUCGCCGCUUUGCAGCCGCACAGCAGCUAGUUGCAGCUGUUUCGAGUAGCUAUAUCAGUUCACCCAGGACCACGAUAUCUGCCACAAGUCAGGAUCAAUUGCAGUCGUGACAAAUAAUUAGAGCAGCGGAAAAAUGGCAUCGACGACGUUGGCCGUGUCCAGUAGGACCGACUCAGUCGCUUCCGUCACGUCGCACAGCGGCUCCGGCAAGAGCGACGAUGUCGAUGGCUCCGAAAGUUUCGGCGAGAAAAGUGCAAGCUUCAGUUCUCGUAAUCAAGUUGACUCGCUGGAGGACAUGAACUACGACACCGAGGAUGUAUCGCAGCUCAACCAGUGCGGACUCUGUACCAACAAGCUCUCCUCGCCUAGAGUUUUGUCUUGCCUUCACGUUUUUUGCGAGACCUGUCUAGACAAGCUCGUCGAAAACAGAAAUGAUACGGCGAAUCACUCGUCCAAGAUUAUAGCCCUUGCCUGCCCUAUUUGCCAGCAGGUAACUCAGCUUGGGCCAUUAGGUGCAGCUUCUUUACCCAGUGACUAUGUGCUCACCAACAUCCUUGAUAUGUCUGCCAUCAAAAACACGUCUAUGCUUUGCACAUCCUGCAAAGCAAUGGAAAAUGCUGUGGCUCGUUGUUCCGAUUGUGCCAAUUUUCUCUGUCCAAACUGCAACACUGCGCAUCAGUUUAUGCGUUGCUUUGAAUCCCACAAAGUUAUUGCUUUUGAUGAUCUUAAGAAAUCUGAUCAAGCUAUACCUAUACACAAACCAAUAUUUUGUCAAAAUCAUUCAUCUGAGAACAUUAAAUUUUAUUGUUACACUUGUCAAGAACCUAUAUGUAACGAAUGUUUACUUAUUGAACAUAAAGCACCUGACCAUCAAUACGAGCGAUUAAAAGAUGCUGAACCACGUCAAAAAGAAGAACUCAUCAAUUUAGUUAAUGAAAGUAAAUCUAGAAUUGGUGACUGUGAUCAAAUUUCUUCCCAACUUGGAAAUGCCUUAAGUGAACUGCAAGCUCAACGUGAUCAAGCCAAAGAUUUGAUUGUUGAAUCAUUUCAAAGUUACAAGGCAAUUCUUGAGAAAUGUCGUGAUAAAGCUCUCAAUGAUCUUGAAAAAAUUCAUUCUGAAAGAGAACUCGAAAUAAUGGACUCUUUCCACAGUGUUGAAAAAACUGUGGAAAAAAUUGAAACUGCUUGUGAGUUCACUAACCGACUUUUGGAACAUGGUGAUGCUGUUGAGAUAUUAUCUUUGAGACAAGUUGUCUGCAAACAGCUUACAAAUUUAUUGAAAAAUAUGCCAAAGCCUUCAAUCACAUCUUCAAUUGAAUUUCAAACUGAUUAUAAUUCAUUUGAAAAAAUAAUCCAAGAAGCUUUUGGAAAAGUCUGCACUGAAAAUGUCAUAAAUUCCAAGCCAGUUGUGGAUACAAUAAACAAUAUGACUGAACUCCCACCAACACUUAUUAGUCAAUCAGUUGGUUGUCCCAGUUCAAUAAGUGCAAGCUCUCCAAUUUCUCUCCCUACAUCAAUGCAAUCAUCUUUCGAAGGUGAUGCAUCAUUUAUCAUUCCUCCUACGUCUAGCCCCAAUGUUCCUCCUCCACCAGUCACAGUGCCUAUUCAACCAACUUCGAUGCAUGGUUUGACAAGUAUUCAAGAAUACAAUCUUCAACAACUCGCUAGCCUUGCUGAAAAAGUAGAUAUUUCAAAAGAUCCAUCUGGGGUUGUAGGCCCGAGUACCAAUCCUAGUCCAACUCCUUCAUUUACUUUAGCUGAUUUGUUUGCUGGCGAUCUAAGUUCGACCAGUCAUGCUUUGAAUAAUUUACAAGCUCUAGUUAAACUAGGAAACUCUUUAGCUAAUCAAGAUAUGAACUCUCCGACAAUCAAUGGAAGCAAUCUUGUUCUGGGGCGAGGACCUUCACCAGUUAUUGAUGCACCAAAUUUAGCUACUUUGACUAAUAAUUCUUUAUUAAAUGGUGGUUUUCAGUCACUUUCUUCUUCUACUUCUCCAAUAUUGUCUCAAGGACCUGAUGAUAUAAAUGGUGAUUCUAUGCAUAACAUGCCGAUGGUAGUUAAUAAUUCUGUCAACAAUAUAUCUGGUUCAUCAAUUGUUAAUCACAAUAGAACAUCCAAUACAAAAUUGACGCCCAUGCAAAUUCGUUGUAAAUUCGGUCAAUUAGGACCUAGUAAAGGUCAAUUCAAUUCACCUCAUGGAUUUUGCUUGGGUACAGAUGAAGAUAUUAUUGUAGCUGAUACUAAUAAUCACAGAAUACAGGUUUUUGAGAAAACUGGAAUAUUCAAGUUUCAAUUUGGAGUUGAGGGUAAAGAAGAGGGACAAUUAUGGUAUCCUCGUAAAGUGGCUGUCAUGAGAAACAGUGGCAAAUUUGUGGUUUGUGAUAGAGGCAAUGAAAGAUCUCGAAUGCAAAUAUUCACCAAAAAUGGCCAUUUUAUUAAAAAAAUAGCAAUUCGUUACAUUGAUAUUGUAGCUGGUUUAGCUGUUACUGGCCAAGGACAUAUUGUAGCAGUUGACAGUGUAUCUCCAACAGUGUUUGUAAUUAGUGAUACUGGAGAUUUACUACGAUGGUUUGAUUGUAGUGACUAUAUGAGAGAACCAAGUGAUAUAGCCAUUAGUGGUAAAGAAUAUUUUGUCUGUGACUUCAAAGGCCAUUGUGUAGUAGUUUUUAAUGAGGAUGGUCAAUUUUUACGACGCAUUGGCUGUGAAAAUAUAACUAAUUUCCCAAAUGGUAUAGAUAUAAGUGAUGCUGGUGAUGUUUUAAUUGGAGAUUCUCAUGGAAAUAGAUUUCAUGUUGCAGUGUUUUCAAGAGAUGGUACCUUAAUUUCAGAGUUUGAAUGUCCCUAUGUAAAAGUGUCAAGAUGUUGUGGAUUGAAAAUAACAUCAGAAGGGUAUAUUGUUACUCUUGCAAAAAAUAAUCAUCAUGUGCUUGUGCUGAAUACACUGUACAUAGUUUAAAGGUGAGAAUAGGAAUAGUAUUUUCUAUGAUUGUUUCACAAGAUCUGCACAGAACUCCAUUAUUUAGUUCAAUAAUAAGUCUUAUCGCUGGCUUUGUUGAACAAUGAAGUUACUUUGCAAGGCAGAAAAUUAAAAAAAAAAAAAAAAAUGAAAAUUUAUCAUUUAGGUUUAUUUAUUACGAAAGUGUUUAUUGUUGCGUUAAUUUUUUUAAUUGAUUAACUAUUCAUUAUAAUGUUCCAAAUGUUCAAUCUGCAAAUUUUCUCAAAAGUUGAGAGGCAGUUUCGUUUUAACUGUUUGAUAGCUAUUUUAUCAAUUUUUCAGAAAAUUAUUCAGGUUGGAAAAUACUGUUUGCAUGUUAGAAUUGCUCUUAUACAUCAAUAUAUUUACGGUUAUAUAAUUAUUUACAGCUGUAAGAGCAAUUUUACACGUAUUUGAAGCAUCAGUAUUUACAAUUAUUUGUUAAUCAAAUUUUAUCUAGUCUUGGACCAGCAGCUUUGCUUUUAUGCCAACUCUUUAUUCCAAAUAGAGUUUUUCAAUGCUGCCAUUACAAUAUCCAAAGUAUAUUAAAAUGAUAACAAAGUACAUUAUAAAGUACUGUAUAGGGAAACUUGAAACUUAAAAUGGUCAAAGAAAAACGUCUUCACUGUAUAAUAAUGGAUAUGUAUACAUGUACAUUAAAAAGUUCGAAAUUUUUCAAUUUUAUUUGUUAGACGUGAAGUUUAAAUUAUAUGUGCUGUUUAGAUAAGAAGUUUUCUUCACUUUAUUUGUUCGAAUUUCAUUGUAACACGAUAAAGAUUAUUUAUUUCAAAACUUAUAUAGAUAUAAUCUAAAUUUUAAAAUCAUCUUCGUCUAUAAAAUGUUAAUAUUCGAAGUUUUUGUGACACAUAAACAUAUAAAUAAUUUUUAAAUACUCACUUUGAUUGACAAUUAUUUAAUUUUGAAUAAGUUGUUUAUUUUUUUUAUUUAUUCAAAAUUUUAAACCGAAUUGUUUGGAACUUUUAUUUGUGUGUGUAUACAGGCAUGCAACAUACACUUGUAUGAAUACAUUCCCUUUUUCUACUUUGUAAUCUAUAUAUAAAUAUAUUUUUUAGAAAAAUGCUAUAAAAUCUGAAAAAAUGCUCAUACCACGAUUUUCAAAGUUCUUUGAAUUAAGAAAAAUUUAACAGUGUGAAUGAAUGCAUGAAAGUAAAUACAUAUAAAAAUAUAUACUUAUUUUGAAAAAUGCGAAAAAAGUUUCAUGCAUCUCUAUUUUGUAAGUUAGUUUUCUAAUGUUUUUCAUAAUACAAAAGGUUUUAUGUGAAAAUGAAAAGUAAAGUAUGUUAUAAAUUAUACAUAACAUUCCCAUUAUUUAUAAUUAUUAAAAUUGACUUUAUGCAUAAAGCAUACAAAUAUUCUAAGACUAUUAUUGACUCAGUAAUUAAUCAAUAAUUUUUUCAGUUCAAUAAGUUUACCAAUAAUUUUAAUCAUACUAUAGUCAAGUAUUACUUUUUUUUUCACGAAACAUAUACCUAGUAAGUUUCAAGGUUCAUUGUUAAUUGAGCUAUUGCAAAAGAAAAAAGCAAUGAAUUAGUUUAGGAAAUAACGAAACUAUAUCCCUAGAAAUAGAUGUAUUCAUCAAUUUCAUUGAGGUUUCACGAUACUUAAUCGAAAUUUUAUUUAUUUACAACUAUCAAUACCACUGUCAUUUGUGUGACAGUAUUUAAUAUAAAAUGCUAAUAACUUACUUGUAAAGCCUUCAUAGAUAGAUUUGAUAACUUUUAUUAUUCAUUUAAUCUUAUUGAAAUCACAAUGAGCUUUAUUGACUGGUCCCAUUUAUACUCCAUUUGAAAUUUAUAUAUACCAGAUUAAAAUUAGAACUAUAAAUAUAUAAAUACUAAUAACUGUGACAUCUAUCUGUCACUUUUACACUAGAGUAUUUACAACUAUUGAAAUGUAAAAAGUGGAUAAUGUAUUCAUUUUCUUUAUUUUCUGUAAAUAUUAAAAAAAGGUAUAUUUCAUAAAAACUCGAAAAACAUUCAUCAAAACCACAUGCACAAAUGCAUGUAAAGUACACAUAUUUUGUAGGAGUGUUUACAUGGCCAGCCUUAACAAUUUUUUCAAUCGAUUAAAAAGUAACAGAUAUACAUGUAAAUUAUCAAUGAAAAAAAGAUCUGUGCUCUAAAUUCAAUAGUUUUACUAUUUACAUGAUGUAUUUUACUUUGUACCUAGAAAAGCAAAAUGCAGAAUAUUUUUAAGUAGAUUAUUAGGAUGUAACUAAACUUCACAAAAAUUUUGAUUCCAUUGAUCAAAUUUUGUAUGGACAAUGAACAAAUUAUAUUGAAUAUUAAAAAAAGUUUGAGGAGCAUAUCUUCUAUGAUUUUAUGAAAAUUUAAAAUCUUAUCAAGCGCGUAGAUAUUGCACAGUAAUAUUAAAUGCGAAUGUUGAGCUUGUUUUUGUAUACAUUUACACAUCAAUACACGCUAAAUUAUCAUGUGAAUCAAAUUAGCAUUUCGUUUAACACCUUUAAUGUAUCUGGAAAAGUACGAAAUGAUAAAAGCAUUUUUUCUAUGCGCGAUUAUUAAACUUUAUUGAGAAUUUCCAGUAAUAAGUACAUUUUUGUGUAAAAUCUUGUUCAUACUAACGCAAACUGGUUAGGAUGUGAAUUAAUUAACCAAGUGACCCUACUCCCUAAACUCUCAACUUUUGUAUUGAAUAUAGAAAACAAGAAUGAAAUAUGAAACAAAAAAUUCCAAGCACGUAUGUUGUAGUCAUAUUUAGUAGAAUUACAUUGAACGUUGCCUGUGAUAAUAAAAACGUCAGAAUAAGUUGUGUCUUUGAAAUCUCUGGUAUUGUUACUAGAUUAAUAAUGAAUUAAAGUAAUGUGAAAAAAUUGAAAUUAAAAAAAGGAAUUGAAUUACUUGGAGCUCUUAUAAAAGCCAUUUGUAAUUCAUUUUAAGUACCAAAAACAGUUGAAAAAAGAAUGAUUAUUUACACUUUGGUGCAAGAUUGAACAUGUUAAAUAUUAAGUGUUUAUCAAUGAAAAUUAUAUUGUUUUAUUUUAUUAAUAAUAUCUAUGGCAAAAUCAUCAAAAGAAA